AGCGUUUCGCUUUUGCGUUAUAUGUGCUGUCAAAAAUCAAACUUGGAGGCAAACAAUAAUUGUGAUUUCUAAUGGGAAGAAUCACCAACAAUUCAGAAGUCGAAAUAAUUCCAUUGGGUGAUUUGAAUUCAGUGAAUAAACGUUCAAUUACACGUCCGUUGCACAAGCGUUCAAAAAUGCAAAGGCAACCUUACAUGUCGGAUCCAACCAUUGUACCACGCGUUCAAAAGUAUUUGGAAUCAAACGUGGAUAAGACUUUUGUUGAUAUAAAUUCCAUGGCAGAUGAUCUUCAAUCUGCUCACAGGGAAUAUGCAAAGAGGAAGCGUAGUGCUUUUAGAGCAUCAGUUAAAAAAGCCUAUGGCAUUGUUUUACAAAGUUAUGGUUUGCAGGAUCAUGAAACCUCAGAGGAUGAAGAGGAUGAUGUCAGUGAAGAAGAAACAGCAGCAGAACAUCAUAACAGAUUUUCCAAUUCAUUGAGUGCCCAGUUGGUAGACUUAUAUAGUAGACCUGCUGUAGUUCCAAAACACAUUGACGAAAAUGAGCUCAUAGACAUAAGCAGUGAUGACUCAGAAGAUAAGGCAACUUAUGCCAAUAACAAACCCAGCAAUGGACCUUCAACUUCACAGCAGCAAGCAAACUAUCAAAAUAACUACAAUGUCAAAAAACCUGUGCCUGAAAAUUUAAAAAAUGAUCGCUACCAGGCCAUUGCACGAAACAGUUCUUAUCAACAAAACAAGAAAAGAAAGCUUGACGUUACACCCAAUAUAUCAAUAAUCAGUAAGGGUCCAGCCAAAAAGAAAAAACAAAUAUCAGAUUUGGAAAAAUCUGCCACUACAUUUAAAGAUGUGGGUGGUAUGGAUAAGAUUUUAGAGGAUGUUUGUAAACUUUUGGUACACAUCAAGCAUCCUGAAUUAUAUCAAAAAAUUGGAAUAUCACCUCCCAGGGGGUUUUUGCUGCAUGGACCACCUGGUUGUGGUAAAACUUUAUUGGCAAAUGCCAUUGCUGGGGAACUUAAUAUUCCUCUUUUAAAAGUUGCUGCUCCAGAAUUGGUAGCAGGAGUUUCAGGCGAAAGUGAAGAGAGAAUUCGGGAACUUUUCGAAAAAGCCGCCGCUUCUGCGCCCUGCGUUUUAUUUAUCGAUGAAAUUGACGCCAUCACACAAAGCAGACAGAAUGCGCAGAAAGAAAUGGAGCGCAGAAUUGUUGCGCAGUUGCUCAGCUGUCUAGAUGACUUGGGCCAGAACAAUUCGGGUGACCGGGUUUUGGUGGUGGGUGCCACGAACCGACCGGAUUCCAUAGAUCCGGCUCUGCGUAGAGCUGGCCGCUUCGAUCGUGAAAUAUGCCUUGGCAUACCGGACGUACAAUCGCGUCUGCACAUUCUCAAAGUGCUCACGCAGAACCUGAGGUUGGCCGAAAAUUUUGACUAUGAGAGUUUGGCAAAAUACACUCCCGGAUAUGUCGGAGCCGAUCUGCUUUCCUUGACUAGGGAAUCUGCCAUGUCUGCAGUUAAUAGGGUAUUCAACGAGCUGCGCGACAGCCGUAAAAUAGAGGAACCCCCGCGCCAGGCGUCCCCGGUUUCAGCUCCCGCAGUAGAACCACCAAAAGAACAGGCCACGUCCCCGGAAGUGGUGGUGGAGGAAGAAGAGAGUAAAGAUGCCGCUUCGAACGAUUCCAACAAGAGCGAUCCGGAGAUCGUUGUCGACGACGAGGCGACCAAGGAGUUGGCGACGCCGCCCUCGAACGAGGCCAACGACAAGGAGUGCGUCGUCGUCGACGUCGACGACGAGCAGAACAAACCGAACAAUGCCGAGUCCAAAGACCCCGAAAGCAGCCUAGAGGUUGUCAACGGGGAGGAUGUCGAGGUUGCCGAGCCUCAACAAGAACCAAUGCCCGUCGACAAUGUGGUAAAACAGCUGACCCCGCUGGAGGAACUAAUCUCGUGGCUGCACGACAAAACCCCCAUCACCGACGCCCAACUCCAGAGCCUCUCCGUAACGAUGGACGACUUCGCGGCCGCGCUGAAGUGCGUGCAGCCUUCGGCGAAGCGCGAGGGCUUCGCCACCGUGCCCGACACCACCUGGGCCGACGUCGGCUCGCUGAGCGACGUGCGCGAGGAGCUGCAGAUGGCCAUCCUGGCCCCGGUGCGCCACGCCGAACAGUUCGAACGUCUCGGUUUGAACGUGCCGACCGGCGUUCUGCUGUGCGGGCCGCCCGGCUGCGGCAAAACGCUGCUGGCCAAGGCGGUGGCCAACGAGGCCGGCAUCAAUUUUAUUUCCGUCAAGGGACCCGAACUGCUGAAUAUGUAUGUUGGAGAAAGUGAACGGGCUGUGCGUGUUUGUUUUGAAAGAGCAAGAAAUUCGGCACCAUGUGUAAUCUUCUUUGAUGAAUUGGAUGCUCUAGUACCAAAAAGAACCGAUUCAAGAGAUGGUGGGCCAACAAUGCGUGUAGUGAACCAAAUGCUAACAGAAAUGGACGGUGUAGAAGGAAGAAAAGGCGUUUUCCUAUUGGCCGCUAGCAACAGACCAGACAUUGUUGAUCCCGCAGUUUUGAGACCUGGAAGAUUGGACAAAAUUAUAUACGUUGGUUUACCAACCGCUCUCGAUCGAGUAGACAUACUCAGAGCUAUAACAAAGAAUGGUACAAGGCCUCAGUUGGCUUCCGAAGUAGACUUGUCGGCUAUAGGCAGUUCCGACAUGUGCGCAGGUUACACUGGGGCAGAUUUGGCCGCUUUGGUCAGAGAAGCCGGCGUGCAAGCGCUGAGGGACUUUAUGGUACGCAACGAUGGCGAACAAACGACCCUCGUAUCUACCGAGCAUUUCAAAAGGGCAGUCGCCAAGAUUAGACCGUCUGUCACGGAAAAAGAUAAGCAACAUUAUGAAAAGCUGAGAAAAACCUACACUGCUGUCCCAGAGCAAGCAGAAGUAGAGGAAAUGGAGUACAGUUAAAUUAUUUUCUAUUAGUUUGUGUUUAGUGAUAUAUUUUUGUAUUUCCCCAAAAUUCAUGUAAAUAUCUAUUCUUGAAUUGUUAUAGAGGAUUGUUGGCACCAUCAUUUCAAAAUAACUUUUAGGUUUUCAAAUAACUUAAGGAUAAUUUUGAUGUAUUAAUAAGUAAGCAUUAAAUGAAGAAUUGUAUGCUGUAUGUAGGUGAUAAAAUCAAAAUGUUUUUAAUUUCACUACAUUUUUUUUUAAUUCUUAAAACUGAAAAAUGGGAAUACUUUUACAAUUGAAAAUAAUUUUAAAUGUUAACUAGAAAAAAGUAAUCCCAGUUUUUAGAUUCUAUUAUAUCUUUGUCCUUUCACAACAAGUUUAGCAGAUUAUAUUAUAGGUUUUAAAUUAACUUUUAUAAAAAAAAAUAAAUUCCAUUUAGUCCAAA